UUGAAUGGGGUCCUAACAAAGGAAGUUGUCGCAGCGGUGUUAGCGGCUUAGUUUAUUGUGGUUGUUAUGUACAGUUCAAAAUAUGUCGAUAAACUAAAUGUACAUACGAUAGACGUUGUCAAACGCUUCAGUAAGGAUAAAAUUCAUUGAUAUAUUCAUUUUUCCAUAGAGUAAUUUGACCCUUUCUGCUCUGGGCUAACAAACAGCAGAUGUAAGCUAACAUUAGCCAAGCUGUCAAGUAGCCAGUUUAACACAGCACUUUCUUGCUAGCUAACUAGCUAGCAAUAGAUUUUAAACGAGGACAACAAAGAAAACGUCGUAAAUACUGUGCCGUUUGUGAAUAUACUUUGUCUUAAAGUCACAUUAUGAAGUGUAUAGCUCUAUUUUAAUAGUAAGCUACCAGUAGUUUGUCCGUUUUUAGAUUAUGUCAGUGAUAUUGAUUGUACUGUAACGUUAGUCCACUGACUCGAGCUAGACAGCCAGGUGGCUAUUUAAUCAAGGAGUUAUUAACACUGAGAAUCCGAGAUCGUGUUAUCCGAUCAAACAUGGAUAAAAAAUCAUUCGACAUCGUCUUAGACGAAAUCAGGAAGUGCGUGCUAACAGAUCAGCGGAUUAAGGCGAUAGAGCAGGUGCACGGGUACUUCUCCAGCGAGCAGGUAAUGGACAUGCUGAAGUACUUCUCCUGGGCAGAUCCUCAGAUCAAAGCUGUCAAAGCUCUUCAACAUAAAAUGGUUGCCAUCCCCACUACCAAAGUGGCCAACAUCCUCAACUGUUUUACCUUCUCUAAGGACCGACUGGUGGUUCUGGAACUCAUAGCUCUGAACAUCUCGGAUGCCCAGAACUACCGUCCCGUAGAGGACCUGUUCCGUAUUCACCUGUCUGAGAAGAAACGAGCCCGCAGGAUCCUAGAGCAGGUGUGUAAGGUGGGCUGCAAGGCUCCAGUAGCCAUGAUCUCUUCAUGUGGGAUGAUCCCAGGUAACCCUUACCCUAAAGGCAAGCCCAGCCAGACCACUGGCACCUUCCCUGGAACUCCUGCAAAGAAGGAGGGAGAGGAGACCCCUGCCAACACCGAGGGGAAAGGCAUCGCAGCCCGCAUCAUUGGACCUUUCAAACCAUCUCCGUCGUCCUACAACCCUCAGCGGCCGGUACCCUACCCCAUUCCCCCCUGCAGACCUCACGCCACCAUCGCACCGAGUAGGUACAACAACGCAGGGCUGGUAUCAGUGGGCGGGGUCAUAACGGCCAGCGUUCUCCCCCCACCCUACAGCGCCAGCACCAAGCCCACAGGCUACGCCAGACCUGCCAAUCAACAACAGCACCCUGUCACAGGUGUCAACUCCACAGCCCUCCCAUCUCCCCUCGGCUCCCCCACAGUCCCUCCCGUGCCCUCCCCCUCUCACCCCACUCCCACCACCCCCAUCACCCCUGUGUUCCCUGGUAAGGUCCCCUCCCAGAACCCUCUAGCCCCCUCUCCCUCCCCCGCCCCCUCUCCCUCCGUCAUCAAAGGGGGUCCCCUCCCAUCCGGUUCCCCCCAUCUGCCCCCCACCACCCCCUCCGUCAUUAAGGCCCACACCCCCUCAGCUACCCCCUGUGGCACCCCCGGUCCCCACCACCCAGGGGCGUUCUCCCCCUCUCCCUUCCAUGCCGGUGCCUCUCGGUCAGACACCCCUACCCCAAGGACCCCCCUCCCUGACCCUCUCCCUCAGGGUACCUCCAUGGGCCUUCCGCAGUAUAACCCCCAGACAGGCCCUGCCUUCCCUGGCCUGCCCGCAUACCAGACCACCCCGUCUGGGUCGGUGAUCCGCAGCUAUCCUCCCUCCUCUUCCUCGGCCCCCAGCCCCAAGCCCUCCCCAGCCCUGUCCGGCCAGGCCCAAGCAUCCUUCUACAGCGAGCAGCACCGCGGCCCACUGGCUAGAACAGGAGGGGGGACAGGCAGUGGCAGUAACAGCCCAGUCCCCUCUGCCUUUAAAGGCCCUUCACGUGCGGGGACUCCCUCCCUCAGCUCUCUGGUGAUGCCUGGCGGAUCAGCGGCCUUAGCGCGCUCCCUGGGUCUGUCCCACCCCUCUUCUUCUCCCCAGGGCUCCCUACCCAGCCCUGCUGCUAUGGCCAGCCUCCAGGCCCUCUCCUCCAGCCCGGCUCCCCCUCACUACCCCGGCCUCUCCCCCUUCCCCUCCUCCCUGUCCUCCUCUUCACCCUUCCCUCCAUCCUCCUCUCUGUCCUCCAUGACCCCUACCUCCCACCCCCAGACCUCCAUGGCCUACCCAGGCCUGUCUCACAGCGUAGCCACAAGUGGAGCCUCUCCCUUUGGGAUGGGUCUGACCACCACCCCAUCUAUCUUCCCGGGGUUGGUUCCAGGGCCCAGUCCAGGGGGGUUCUCAGGAUUUGGAGGUUCAGGAGGACCUGGGGCGGGGAGCCCCGUCCUGUCUUCCUUCAUGGGUGCCGGGGUGUCCGUAGCAACCGUAGCCCCUCUCCAUUCGGCGGCGUCCGUGGCAGCAGGAGU